AUGGACCGAGCGUAUCCAGACAUCUUUGUCGAAGCUGAACGCUCAUCAGAACGUGUCUAUGGAUGGACAGCUCUUGAUCGCGUAAUGGGGACGUCCACUUCCAUAAGGCAGUCUCUCAUGAAGGCGGUGGUGAAUCAAAUAGUGCUGUCCCCGCCUUACCUCGCUACGCUACUAGCGUUCCCACAAAUUCAACGAGGGGCAUCAUCUGAACACAUAAAAUCAACCGUGCAGAACAAGUUCCUAGAUUUGUACAUCCCGGCUUGGUGUAUUUGGCCUGCAGUAAAUGCAUUUACUUUUAGUCAAGUUCCACCUGGCUGGAAACGACUCGCUUUCAGCAAUGUUGUUGGUGUCGCAUGGGUUGGUUGGGUCUCAUACUUGCAUGCCAAACCGCACAGUUCAACCCUUGAAGAUGGGCAACUGAUAAUCAAGAAUGUGCAGAGCUCAUCUGAAGCUCUACUAUCGUCGAGAAAGGCCCUGAUAUGA